GAUAGCUUAAACCUGUUAUCAGGGCAGUGAGCGUUUUGCUCGCGACUCGUGAGCGUUAUUAUUUGUGUUCGCCCAGUGCUUCGCUCAUUUUCGUUCCAGCAUUGGCGUACUGAAGUUCCCCGAUUCGCUGCGGCGACAUUCCAUGCAUUUGCAUCUAUGUAUUAGUUAGCUAAAAUACAUAUAAACAGUGUGUGAUUUCGUUGUGUAAACAACACCCGCGAAUCCAGAAUUCCGUACAUGUUUAUAGUAUUGCCGAUCAAAAAAAUCACACUCGAGUGGUGCGCCUGAAAAACCCGUGAGUCAUCGCGACGUGGCUGCCGCAGAUAAUUUCCCAUCCGCCGAACAUCGGGGAAGUACCUAAAACGAAUGGUCAGCCAUCGGUGGAGCUCGUUUCGAUCAUUAGCGAUCCGAUCGGCGAAGGCAGCGGUACACUUUUGAGUUGUUAAGACGCAAUUAAUUGGAAAUAUCGGAUAUAGAUAGACUACGAACAUGAAUCAGUACUACGACCUGGACAAGGGUAAAAAUGUGCUGUUUAUGAACGAUGCAUCCAGCACCAGUGGCUAUAGCAGCGGUAACUCACCCAACUCCACCACCCAAUCCUUGUCGCCAGCCCACUCCCCGGAAACCAUGGCCCUGCAAACGGAUUUCGCCAAUCUCAAUUUGCCCGGCGGCAAUUCACCACACCAACCGCCAAUGGCAAACUCACCAUACCAGCAUCAGCUGUUGAACAACGACGGAAUUUGCCAAUUGGAUGCUACCAAUUUAAUCAACUCCGCUGGCGUUGGUGUCGGCGUUGCUAAUGUCACCAGUUUCGGCAACAUGUAUAUGGAUCACCAGUACUUUGUGUCCGCUCCGACCACUGUGCCACCGGCCCAGCACUUCGGAUACCAUCAAAAUGGCCUGGCGUCUGACGGCGAUAUCAAACACGUGCCGCAGCUGCGGAUCGUGGAGCAACCGGUGGAGAAGUUCCGUUUUCGCUACAAAAGCGAGAUGCAUGGAACACAUGGAUCGCUUAAUGGCGCCAACUCGAAGCGGACGCCGAAAACUUUCCCGGAAGUCACACUGUCCAACUACGAUGGACCCGCCGUCAUCCGGUGCAGUCUGUUCCAAACGAACUUGGACAGCCCACAUUCCCAUCAGCUGGUCGUGCGCAAGGACGAGCGGGAUGUGUGCGACCCGCAUGAUUUGCACGUGUCCAAGGAGCGCGGCUAUGUGGCCCAGUUUAUCAACAUGGGCAUCAUACACACCGCCAAGAAGUACAUAUUCGAGGAGCUGUGCAAGAAGAAGCAGGAUCGCUUGGUCUUUCAGAUGAAUCGCCGCGAGUUGUCCACCAAACAGAUCCAGGAACUGCAUCAGGAGACGGAGCGUGAGGCCAAGGACAUGAACUUGAACCAGGUGCGGCUCUGCUUCGAGGCAUUCAAAAUAGAGGACAACGGCGCAUGGGUUCCACUUGCACCGCCUGUGUACAGCAAUGCGAUCAAUAACCGCAAGUCAGCACAAACUGGAGAGCUGCGCAUCGUCCGUCUGAGCAAACCCACUGGCGGAGUGAUGGGCAACGAUGAGCUUAUACUGCUGGUGGAAAAGGUCAGCAAAAAGAACAUCAAGGUGCGGUUCUUCGAGGAGGAUGAAGACGGAGAAACCGUGUGGGAGGCAUACGCAAAGUUCCGCGAAUCGGAUGUACACCACCAAUAUGCCAUUGUGUGCCAGACGCCUGCGUACAAAGACAAGGAUGUGGAUCGUGAGGUCAACGUGUAUAUUGAGCUCAUUCGUCCCUCCGAUGAUGAGCGCUCAUUCCCUGCGCUGCCCUUCCGCUACAAGCCACGAAACGUGAUUGUGUCCAGGAAACGCCGUCGAACCUGCUCCUCGGCAAACAGUAGCAGUUCGGGAACUGGCAGCUCCAAUAACUCGCUGGAUCUGCCCAGAACGCUGGGCUUGGCUCAGCCACCGAAUGGCUUGCCAAACCUUUCGCAGCAUGGUCAGACGAUAAGUCAGGAGUUCGGACGCGACAUGCAUCUGAAUGAUUUAAUGGAUUCCGAAAAUUUCCGCAAACUUAUCGAGCAGAACUCUACUGAUCUCGAGAAGAUUUGCGACUUAGGCAUGGGAGAGUUGGUGAAGGAUGGCCAUGGACGGGCGGAAGUGGCAUCGGGUCGUAAUCUCACCAGUAAAUACUUGAACACCAUAUUCAAAAUCUUCGAUCAGGACCGCCGAACGCCGAUGGAAAGCUCACACCGCCAAGUGGAGGAGCUGUUCACGGAUCAUGCCUUGAAUAACGAAAAUAAUGACACGCUCUUGCACGAGGUGAUUAGCCACAAAAAGGACAAUCUGAAGCUGGCCAUCAAGACGAUACAGGUGAUGAACUACUUCAACCUAAAGGAGCUGGUCAACAGCGCAUUGAAUGCGGAUGGUGAUAGUGCCCUGCAUGUGGCGUGCCAACAAGAUCGAGCACACUACAUUCGCCCUUUGCUGGGCAUGGGCUGCAGUCCAAAUCAGCAAAAUCAUGCGGGAAAUACCCCACUGCAUUUGGCAGUCAAGGAGGAGCACUUGAACUGCGUGGAAAGCUUCCUUAAUGGAGUGCCAACCGUACAAUUGGACCUCUCGCUGAAAAACGACGAUGGUCUGACGCCUUUGCACAUGGCCAUACGGCAGAACAAGUACGAUGUGGCCAAGAAACUGAUCAGCCAUGAUCGGAGCUCGAUUAGCGUGGCCAACACAAUGGAUGGUAAUAAUGCUCUGCACAUGGCCGUUCUGGAGCAGAGUGUGGAGCUGUUGGUGCUCAUUCUGGAUGCCCAAAAUCAAAACCUUACCGACAUCCUGCUGGCACGUAAUGCAGCCGGCUAUACACCCUUAGAAUUGGCCAGGCACAAGGCCAAUGAGCGGGUGGUAAAGUUGCUGGAGAAUGUGUAUCCGGAGAAGGGGGAACUGGCCAUGACCUGGAUUCCACGUAAGGUCAAAGAGGAGAUCGAUACAUCAUCGGACGAAAGCAGCGAUGCUGGUCAGCUGGAGAUCAAGUCCGAGGAAAUGGACAUCAAAACAGAGGACGAGGAGUCGGUGGAGCUGGACCUAAGCAGUGGUCGUCGAAGAAUGGAGGUAGAUUCAAGUAAAGACACGGAAAAGGAGCAGGACCCGCUAAACAAACUGCGGUUGCUCCUCUCGAACGAAUUCAUUUACGACCAGCUCUGUUCGCUGCUGAAUAAGCCCUUAGGAUACGGUUCCGAUCCCCAAGAGCCCAAAUGGAAGCACCUAGCCCGCCAGUCCCAUCUGCAGCAGUUCACCUUCAUAUGGCUGGGUGCGGACGGCCUGUUGGAUCACGUUCGAGAAAAAGGCGCCAGUGUGGAGUUUGCAACCUUUGUUCGCGCCCUGCAGGCAGUCGAUCCGCAGGCUUACGCCCUGCUGGAUCGAGACUUACGUUAGGCUUUAGGUUACCCCAUCCUCUCUCGGAGAUGAUACCACUUGCUUGUGUAUUGAAUGUUGAUCAAUAAAGUACCUUAGAUUUA